UAUCGAAAAGUAUCGAAAUAUUUAAUUCAUUUCUGUAACUUGAUCCCGUAACUUGAAUCGGAACUCCAAUCCCACUCCAUUCCCACUCCAAACCCACUUCAAUCCCAACUCAGAAAAUAGAUAUUUACGGCUCAAGAAUAUAUGGAUAAGACUGGAUCCAGCGAUGAGGAUGACAAACAAAGUAGAUUAGAACACGGUUGUGAAUUGAAGAACGAAUCAAAGACAGAGCAGAGUAUACAAACCAUGCUUGGAUCAGUCACUUCAGAUAGAGAACAACUCACGUCAAGUUUGCAUAUUCCUCUAGUUGGCUUGUCAGUACGAAUCCACCUCAAGCAUGUGUGCCUUGGUGUCCUGGUUCUGCAGACGUCAACGCUAGUCCUGAUCAUGAGGUAUUCCCGCAUGACUCAUGAAGGACCAGUCUACAUCUCCUCUACAGCAGUAGUCAUGGCUGAGAUCUUCAAGUUCCUAGCGUGUCUCUCCGUAAUGUUUUCUCAAGCUGGUUAUAGUUGGAAAGCAUUUUCAACACAGAUUGACAAUGAGAUAAUAUCAAAACCAUGGGAGACCUUGAAACUGGCUAUUCCAUCAGGACUCUAUACUAUACAGAAUAACUUGUUGUUUUUGGCACUAUCUAAUUUAGAUGCUGCUACAUAUCAGGUUACAUAUCAACUCAAGAUAUUAACCACAGCAUUAUUUUCUGUUGUAAUGCUGGGACGGCGUCUAAACAAGAUGAAAUGGUUUGCUCUAGUUCUUCUAAUGGCUGGCGUUGCUCUUGUAGAGUGGCCAAGUGGAAAUGAGAAAGAUCUAAAGAAAGAUAUCAGUGCUUCUGGCAAACUAAUAGGUCUUAUAGCAGUACUAUGUGCAUGCUGCUCUAGUGGUUUCGCUGGAGUAUACUUUGAGAAAAUAUUAAAAGGAACUAAAGCUUCAAUAUGGCUUAGAAAUAUACAACUAGGUUCAUUUGGUGUACUAUUUGGUUUUAUGGCAGUGUUUGUUAAUGAUGGAACUGCUGUUCAUCAAAGUGGUUUUUUCAUAGGCUAUAACUACAUAACAUGGAUAGUAAUUUUUCUACAGGCAUUUGGAGGUCUUGUUGUAGCGGCUGUUGUCAAGUAUGCCGAUAAUAUACUCAAGGGAUUUGCUACGUCGCUGUCUAUAAUUUUGUCAUCUAUUGUUUCUUAUUAUCUGUUGAAAGAUUUUUAUCCCACAAGUUUGUUCUUUAUUGGGACCUGUGCUGUUUUACUAGCAACACUCUUGUAUGCAAGACCAGAAUCGAAGAUUCCAACCACACUCCUGCCUACUAUAGCUACAGAAUCUCUUGCUAAACAAAUCUAACUGUUUUUUUAACAAGAUAUAGACAUAUAUAUUUUGACCAUUGCUGAAGGCAUGGAGACUGUAGACCUUGGCUUGGGCUCAACGUUUUCCCAUAUUAGACCACGUGUCAUUUCCUAGAGUAUCAUUUCUUUGUUUUAUGGUUGUGCAUGAGAAGACACAUGAAUAUGGAUACAACUCAAACAAAGAAUCAUAUUCUCAAGAGAAUAAUACAUGGUCUGAAAUAGAAAAACAUUUUUAAGGUAAAAAGGUAUAUUGCCUUAGUAAAGAUAAAGUAUUUGGACAUAAGGUAACAAAAAUCGUAAAUCUUUUACAGAAGAAUGGGACGAAAAUGGUUGGUCAUUUUGGUGAUAAGGAACAGAUAAAAUGCUGUAAAACGAAUAGGAAUGAUGUUAAUAUUAUGAUAACAGGAAUGUAUUCUUACAGGAUUGAAUGGAGAUUUUUAUUUAAUAACACUGAAAAACUAGCAAAUUGUAAAUAGCAGCUUCGCCUUGAUGAUAGUGUUCUUAUUUCCCUUUGCCAUUUUGGAAUUCCCAUAAUACAUUGUAGUUUAUGGGGGGGGUUAAUCAUACUUGCUAAAGACUGGUCAGAAGAUGAUAUUUAAAGUGCUUAUGAAGUGAAAGUGAAGCCUCUUUUUUAAAUUCUCUAAUUAAUCUUUAGCUUUUCCUUAGUAAUUUUGUGCAGUUUGAAAGGAAUUUGACCACGGGAACAUAUUUUUUUGCACUUUGAAAUCCUGUGAUAUGGCUAAAAUUGUGCGACAAGGGAGUGGGUCGAGUGAUGUCAAGGGGUUGACAAACGCAACCAGGGCACAAGUGACAUAUUAUGUGAAAACACUUGAAAACACUAGCAAGUUGGGUUUGUUGCUAUUUGGUUUGAUCUGGUUCCAAGGUUCCAUGUUCCCGUGGUUCACUUCCUUUCAAACUGCACAAACUUACUAAGGAAGUGCUAAAGAUUAAUCAUAUGAUUUAAAAAAGGGGGCUCAUUUUCGCUUGAUGUAGAAUAAACAACCAUGUAAAAUUAACUUGGAAUAAACUUAUAUACAUGAUUCCUGGAAGGGAAGGGAUUAAAGGUCUGAUAUCCUAAUUUGGUACAUUGAUGUAAAUGUUAAAACAAUGCAGUCACAUUUAUAUGCAAUAAAUAAAUGGUUUUGAAAGAA